GAUCUGGCGCAAUUCACAAUGGCUUAAAGAACGAGUGAGAGAAUUUACAUAAAGAAAAUAAAAAACAUUUCAUUUUAAAACGCUUCGAUUGAUCUGUUAGGUGUGGAAUUCAAGUUUUCCCGAGCUGCGCUGUAUAUGUCAGCACAGAAACGUCCACGUCAUAGCAUAAGUAACUACACAGGGGUGCCUGUUGCUUGACAAACAUAUAAUUAUAUGAAUGACACACUUGUAUGAUGAAGUCGCGCGCGCAAUGUCACUACAGCACGUGUGCAGAUAAUGGUUACAUAGCGUUUAAUGUUACGGGCCUGUGGUUUACGAGGACUACGUAAACGCGGAGGUAAGAAAACAUGUGAUCACUGACUAAAGCUAAUAUUAGUUAGCUGCAGUAAAUGUUACAGCCAGCGUGCGCGUGACGCAUCAAUCAGGUAACAAACUUUUCAAUGGUCGCGAUGCUUGAGAACAUGUUGAACCAAGAUCUGAUAAAGGAAUUGUUGUUGAUUGACUACAUUUUAGCCAGUAAUUUAACACAUUGAUUACAACAGUGUAUUACACCUCAUAAAAAUGCAGCCUCCUAUGUUAUAAAGUGUGGACAUGUUUUGCACUUUUCAUUAGACCAAUACGGCGCAAUCGACGCACGAAAGUCAAACUUUGGCCCUGCAUAAUCUUAUCUACUCAACGUUUGACUCUCUCCAUAUGUUACUAUACUGUGUGUCUCUUCGUGGACCACAUCUUUUUCACACUGGCUUAAAUCGGACUAAAAGUUACUUCCCUUACAUUCAUAACAAUCUAGAGGAAGCUGCACCUUCGAUCCGGGUUGUCCAGGAUGGCGUGCCCAAUGCAGUUCAUCUGCAGGGCGCUGCGCACUGUGGGCUUGGUGCUUUUCUACUAUGUAUUUUCAAUUGGUAUAACAUUCUACAACAAGUGGCUCAUGAAGGACUUCCACUUUCCUUUAUUCAUGACCCUAGUCCACCUCACUAUAAUAUUCUGUUUCUCUACACUGACACGCUCUGCAAUGCAGUGCUGGACGGGAAAGCCUCGAGUAACCCUCUCCUGGAAAGUUUACCUUUCUAAAGUGGCCCCAACAGCCCUGGCAACAGCGCUAGACAUCGGACUAUCCAACUGGAGCUUCCUUUUCAUCACUAUCAGUUUGUACACCAUGACCAAGUCUUCGGCUGUACUCUUCAUUCUCUUUUUCUCCCUGGUCUUCAAACUAGAGGAGCCGAACCCAUUCCUGAUCCUAGUGGUGUUGCUGAUUGCCAGUGGUCUGUUCAUGUUCACUCUCAAGUCUACCCAGUUUAAUCUGGAGGGCUUCAUCAUGGUCCUCUUGGCAUCUUUUAUUGGAGGAAUCCGUUGGACUCUCACCCAAGUUCUUAUGCAGAAAUCAGAGCUGGGCCUCCAGAACCCCAUUGACACCAUGUACCAUCUGCAGCCCCUCAUGUUGCUGGGCCUCUUUCCUCUGUUUCUUCUUAAUGAGGGGUUGAGUGUGAGUACCACGGAGAAGCUCUUCCGUGUCAGUGAGGUCUCCCACCUGUUUUACUCUCUGGUGACUCUGUCUGUGGGUGGUGUGCUGGCUUUUGGGCUCGGCUUCUCAGAGUUCCUGUUGGUGUCCCGCACAUCCAGCCUCACACUGUCUAUUGCGGGCAUUUUUAAGGAGGUGUGCACUCUGCUGCUGGCAGUGGAGUUCAUGGGGGAUAAAAUGAGUACUGUGAACUGGCUGGGCUUUGCUGUCUGUCUGUCUGGCAUAUCACUGCAUAUUGGCCUCAAAACAUACUAUAACAAAGGUAUGGCUCAUGUGGGAGUUGGUAACUCGAUAUGUAACUCAUUUACAUGGCACAGCUGAUUCAUCUAGUUGUUGGGGAAAAACCCCUGCGGUGCGACAGCUUCCAGGCAGAGACAACCCAGACCUUGAGCUUCCACUUCUGCAGACCAAAGAUGACUAUUAUGAAGACACAAAUGAUGAAGAGGAGCAUGAGAUUCUUCAUUAGACUGAGGAGGACAUAUAAUGCCAUAUCAUAUCUAUACUUAAGAGGGCUGAAAAGACACUAGGAAUGUUCUCCUUUUAGACAGUCAUGUCAACCACAGAUAGAGAACAAGACCCAGUUAUGAGUUGAAAAGGCAUAAAAAAGCCACUGGACAUUUGUGGUAUAAUGCACUAGGUUAUAUCUCUGUAGUAUGUGUUUCUGUUAUACUAAGGAAAUAGAGACAAACUUUGCUCUUUGGUAGACACUCUAAGAGUUACUUGAGUGAUUAAAAACUGCUUGUGGCCUCAGCACAGGACCAAUUCCCCAAGUGGCCUUACUCAUUUCUGUUUACAUGACAAUAAAGGACUUAUUUUACUAAAGAUCAAUUCUUAAUCAGUACCCUGCAAUAAUUCCUUUUCUUAUGAACUAUAGAAUGUGAGAGAAUUACUUGCACAUGUUUUGUAAUAUAAUGCAUGAACAUGGAUUCCUUCCCUUUUACCUUUAUGCACGGCAGACUUAUAAAUGGCAUUCGUUUACUUUGGUUUAUCAUCAUUCAGCCAAUUUCUGUCAGCCUGGUGAGAGGGAGGCAGUGUUCAGCAAAGCAGAUUAUAUUAUUAGUUUAAUUUAUUUGGAGUUUUCUUGUAGAGGGAAGAAAGUUUGCAAAUCCGUCAACCUGAUACUGGGUUCAUUGAAUUUGUUUAGUGGAUUGACUUUUUUUGUUGUUGUUGUUUGUUUAUAUUGUUUAUUAAUAUUUUUUUACCAGGAAAGUUCUGCUAUACAAAGUUAUACAUGUCCAACAAUAUCUAGAUGAAAUAUCUGGAUAUAAACAUAGCUUAUUGAAAUUAUGGGUGUUUAUUAAGUUGUUGCAAUGUUUGGUUAUAUAAAAUAAGUAAUUAAAGGUGCUGUAAGAUAUAUAUAUAUAUAAUAAAAUCAAGAAGAAAUUGUC